AUGUCGUAUUCUCCUCCUAGCUCUGCGAAACCUUUCACGCUCCACAUCCCCGAUCAAGACAUCUCCGAAUGGCGUCAACUCCUGGAGCUGUCAAAGCUCGGUCCGACCACAUACGAGAACCAACAAUCCGAGAAGAAUUACGGUGUUACGCAGAAAUGGAUAUCUGAAGCUAGAGACUACUGGUUGAAUAAAUAUGAUUGGCGCGCACAAGAAAAGCAUAUCAACUCUUUUGAUAACUUCCAAAUGCAAAUCGACGGAAUCGAUCUUCAUUUCAUUGGCCAUUUCUCAGACAAGAAAGACGCAAUUCCGAUUGUCUUCAUGCACGGCUGGCCCGGCAGCUUCAUCGAGUUUCUGCCGCUACUAGGCUUGAUCAGAGACAAAUGGACCAAGAACGACUUACCUUACCACAUUAUCGUUCCGUCUCUGCCGGGCUAUACACUCAGUGCAAGAGGUCUGCCGAUUGAUAAAAAUUGGACCGCGCAAGACAGCGCCGAUAUCAUCCACAAACUCAUGACUAAUCUUGGAUUCGAGAAGUACAUCGCUCAAGGCGGAGAUGUCGGCAGUAUGUUAGGAAGAAUUCUAGCGCAAAGCAACGAUGCUUGUGUUGGCGUCCAUUUGAACAUGAUGCCUGGGUUAGAUCUUAGCGACACCAGUAACCUCGAUCCAUCCGAAAAGAAAGCCAUUGGUCGCGCACUAGACUGGCUUGACUCCGGCAACGCGUAUGCUCUCGAACACAGUCAUCGACCGAGCACAAUCGGGUUCGUCCUGUCGUCUAACCCGCUUGCACUACUAGCAUGGAUUGGCGAAAAGAUGCUCGAAUGGACCGAUAUCGACCCCACCAUCGACACCAUCCUCACCAAUGUCUCACUCUACUGGUUCACAGGCAGCCUUCCGACGUCGCUCUACAUAUACCGUCAGCUCUUUGGCCCAAAGCGCCUGCGUUACCAGCACACUUCUACGCCAAUAGGGGUUUCGAUUUUCCCAUACGAGCUCCUUCCUGGGAUCAAGAGUUUGAUUGAAAAGGAGUGCAAUGUAGUUUUCUACAAUGCGCAUGACCGAGGCGGCCACUUCGCGGCGCUAGAACAGCCAGAGCUUCUUUGGGAGGACGUCCAAGCAUUUGCAGAGAAGGUUUGGAAAGUAUGA